AUGAUCAAGCGCUUCCUUCUCUUCGUGCUCUUGCUCAGUCCGGGUGCUGUCAGUGACGCUUCACUGGCUCCAACGGCCAGCACGCUGCCUGAUGGCACAACCCCCGUUAAAGCGCAGGCUACGAAGGACAAGGCGCGCGGAAAACAAGCGCUCGAACCAAGCAAAGACACGACUGCUGCUGCUGUUGGUGAAGAAAGAGCGCCAGUUUUGCCUUCUGUGUUGGAGGAGCAUGUGAAGGCGGCUUCGGAGAAGAUGCACGACUGGGGUUCCUGGAUCGGGAGUAAGUCUGCACUUUGGGAGAUGGCGGAGUCUGCCUUGAUGGGGAAGGGGGGGUCUAUGAGAAAGGGUAAAGAGGCUCUGCAAGAGGAGGAGGCUGUGAUGAAGGUCGAAAAGGCUUUGCAGAAGGUGGACGAUUUCAGGGAGAGGGAGGGUGUUACGGGGAAACAGUACGCGAAUGCCUGGAGAGAGGUCGAAGAGGCCUCUCGUGUCAGGGAGGCCGCCUGGAGAAGUCGUCUGGAGACUGAUGUGAAAGACAAGGAGGCUAGUCUGCGGAAACAUCGUGCUGCCUGGGAAACGGAAGAAGCAGCUUGGCCAGCGCUAAAAACAACUUUGUCAGCGGAAAUAGAAGAUUUGCGAGCGAAAGCAGCAGCCACGGGUGACGAAAAAGCAGAAUCGCUGCUUUGGGGUUUUUUGAAAUCGUCGCCAAAGGACAUUUUGGCGAAGAAGGAACAGACGUUUGAUGACCUCACAGCAGCUCGGAAACGGAAACUAGAAGAUUUGAACAAGAAAGAAAAAGACUUGAACCUUGCGAAGGGGAAGCUCGCUCUGAAGGAGAUCGAGACGUACAAACCACAGUUCGAAAAGAUGAAGGCGCACGGCGUUACUCGAGGAGAAUACCGAAACGUGCUUGGUCUGGAAUCGUCCACCAUUGCCAAAAUCAACUCCAAGGGAGUCUCUUGUGACAACUUUUUCGUUCUUGGGCCGCAGUACACGAAAUACCUGUAUUUCGACAAGUUCCUUGAAUACGAGGGAAGCUCCAGCGACUUGAUGAAGUGGGCCGUACGCCUCUUCGAGGUGAACGAGUGGAAGGCAUGGAAAAUUUGA